UCGAUUGCCGUCCGCACAUGCGCAGUGACCGUGGUUGGCUUCAGUGUAGCAUGUUGUAUAGUUUAUUCUCUGCCCGUUGAGUUAAACACUCUAACAUCUAAUAGUUUAACAUAACAGUAAUUAUUCCAAAAGUUAUAAAGCGUAUUUAUAUAUCGAGGUUUACGUUGAAAGAAGAAGCAGGAACGACAACGCGGAAUGAAUCAGUUUGAACAUAAUGUAUGUCUGUAGUUUAAAGGAGGAAGACUGUGGCGACCAUGAGGAGAUGAAGGACAAUAAUGAGAGCGAUAGAGCUUCAAUAAACAACAACAAUAACAACAUCAGACGCAAGAUGGUGACUCCGGCUGCAGGUGAACACCCGCUGCAGUAUAACUACACGUUCUGGUACUCGCGCCGGACGCCCAGCAGACCUGCUAACACACAGAGCUACGAGCAGAACAUCCGGCAGAUGGGAACCGUGGCCUCGGUGGAGCAGUUUUGGAAGUUCUACAGUCAUCUCGUCCGACCUGGAGAUCUGACAGGACACAGCGACUUCCACCUGUUCAAAGAGGGAAUCAAACCCAUGUGGGAGGACGAGGCCAAUAAGAAUGGAGGGAAGUGGAUCAUCCGUCUGAGAAAGGGUCUGGCGUCUCGUUUCUGGGAGAACAUCAUCCUGGCCAUGCUGGGCGAGCAGUUCAUGGUGGGCGAGGAGAUCUGCGGGGUGGUCGUGUCCAUCCGCUUCCAGGAGGAUAUUCUGUCCAUCUGGAAUAAAACAGCCAAUGAUCAGGUGACCACAUCACGGAUACGGGACACCCUGCGGCGCGUGCUCAACCUGCCGCCAAACACCAUCAUGGAGUACAAGACACACAACGACAGUCUGAAGGAUAACUCCAGCUUCCGGAACACGAAGAUCACUUUGUGAAAUCCAGGAAUGAUUUUCAUAUGGACACUUUCCUUUAUACACCCUCAGAAACAUCAACCUGUGUGUCACACUGACGGAAUGAACCAGAGCAAACGUGUGUGUGUUUGCGUGCGUGCGCGUGUGUGUUUCUGUCUGUCUAUGUGUGUGUCUGUUUUCUGCAUCAUUCCAUCUUGUCUAUUUUAUUCCUUACAUCAGUGUGUGUGUGUGUGUGUGUGUGUGUGUGUGUCUGAAAUGAAAGCACGAUUAAAGACAUUCUCUGUGGAAAUGCACAUUUCAGUGAUUCUCUGUCAUUUGGAGCCGGUCGACGGUCUAGUUGAAGUCUAGUUUUAAAUAAAUAAAGUCUCACUUGAGAUGUUGAAGAAAA